AUUCAUUCAAAUUUUUCUUCUCUUCGUGAUCGCCAUAUUGUUUGGGCAGGGCUGGCAACUUAUGACGGAACAUAUCUGCAUUUGGUGACACAGCCAAGACGUGAUGACUGCAGACACGGAAAAGGAGCAAGGUGCUGCUCCAAAAAGCACUCACUGUUUGAUAUGUAACAGUAGAGUUGGUGUCUCAACUCGUAAUAGUCUUGAGAUAUUCCAUAAAACUAUAGUAACAACAUCAGAAAGACCAUUAUCAUAUACCAUUGGAGCGGUGUUGGGUCAGGAAAUGAGUGAGGAUUCUGUUCACAGUAAUGUAAUCUGUAAGAAGUGCUUCAAGUUGAUUAAUGAGGUUGAUGAAAUAGAAACUCGAUUAGCAGAACUGAAAUUUGAACUUACAACAAACUAUCAGCGAACACUGAAAAUUCAGAGUGAUGGUGGAAAACAGUCACCAACACUGGAUGAUGACCGCAAGUUGCCUCUCGGUUCUGAUGAUGGAAAUGUUAGGAAGAAUAACCUACAAGGAUCUCGGAAGAAACUUAUAUCAAAGAAAGUUAAGCCAUCCCCCUCACACAACAGUGAAGAGGACUAUGAACAAAAGGAAAAUACUCUUUGUGAAGUGGAAUUAUCAGAACAUGACAGUGACAGUGACAUGAACGCAGAUGUUAUUGUAACUGCAGAAGUUGGUACAGAAGAUGAUCCUGAUGGUGAAGUGAAAAUAAAAAUUGAACCUGAUGAUGACAUGGAUAGAGAAAGUGUUGCUAAAAGAAAGAUGUUUAAAAGGAAACCACAAAGGCUGGAAUUACAAGAAUCAGAGAUUCCAGAUAAGGUAGUAGAGAAAGAAGGUGUAGACUUUGUAUGUUUGCUUUGUAAUGGUGAUGAAAAGAUAUUGGGAGACAUGAAAGGAAUUGUGAACCAUCUGAAAAGCCACCAUAAUAUCCGUAUAUACAUAUGUGAUAUAUGUGGACAAGACUUUAGAAAGCGCAAUGAACUAUCUGUUCAUCUGGAUGACCACGUAGCAACUGAAGAAGGUGACUUCCAGUGUGAGGUUUGCAACCGAAUCUUCAGUAACUUGCGUCUGUUCCGAGUGCACAAACGCAUGCACUAUCCACAAACAAAACUGUGGACUUGUGAGACAUGCGGAAAGCGUUACAGCUCUAGAAAUCUUCUUGAUGAACAUAUCAACACCCACACAGGGGUUAGACCUUAUGUUUGUGAGGCGUGUGGCAAGGAUUUUGCAUCAAAAUAUACAUACAAAGCACAUACCAAAACUCAUGAAGUGCGUCCUCGACCCUUCUCGUGUGGCGAGUGCAGGAAGACAUUCCUGAGUGCUCAGAACCUAUCACAGCAUGAGCGUACACAUACUGGCAUGCGAAACUAUGUUUGUGACCAGUGUGGUAAGGCAUUUGGCACAGCACGCAACUUGGAAGUACAUAGCGUGGUGCACUCUGGAUAUAAACCAUUCAUUUGUCGUACUUGUGGGAAAGCUUUUGCACGUAAGGCAGAGAUUCGUGAUCAUGAACGCACUCAUACAGGUGAGAAACCCUACCAGUGUGAGUUCUGCGGUGCAACUUUCAGCCAGCGCAGCAACUUGCAGUCUCAUAAACGAGCCACACAUUACCAGGAUAAACGCUAUAAGUGUGAAGAUUGUGGUAAGGGCUUCAAGCGUCGCCGCCUUUUGGAUUAUCAUGUCAAGGCUGCUCAUACGGGUGAACGUCCAUAUAAGUGUUCUGCAUGUGAUGCCACGUUUGUGUACCCAGAACACUUCAAGAAACAUCGUCGCAUUCAUACAGGUGAGAAACCAUUUCGCUGUGAAGUAUGUGGCAAGGCAUUCAACAGCCGUGACAAUCGCAAUGCACAUCGGUUUGUGCACAGUGACAAAAAGCCAUAUGAAUGCCUUGUUUGUGGUAUGGGGUUCAUGCGGAAACCUCUACUGUAUAAUCAUAUGCAGUCACAAGGUCACCUGAAUGAUACCAUUGUGGUAAAUCAACCACGACUUGCUUCAGAUGAGGACCUGGCAGCUGAGGCAGCAGCAGCAGCAGAAGCAGAGGCAGAAGCUGCGGAAGUAGAGAUGACAAUUGUGGGAGAUGAUUCGGGUCACCACCAAGAACAGGAGACCAAGUUGUACAUCGCUGAACUAAAAGAGCAUGAGAAGACUGUCAUGGUUGGCAGUGAUGACUCAGAUUUAAAGGAUGGUACUGAGCAACACAUGGUGCAAGAGGCUGUAGAACAUCUCAUCAUUGACGGUCAAGUUCAUUUUGCUGAUCCUAAUGAAAUAGCCAACAUCCAUGCUGAUAUAGGGUCAGUAGCUGAGAUCACCACCACAACAUCUAAUUAUGUGAGAGGUGGGGAAGGACGUCAUACGCUGGUAGUUCCAGCCACCCCUCACAUGCUUUCCUCUGCAGGUGCGACAUUUGAGGAUGCUCAGGGUGUGGGUCAUGAUGGAACAACGAUUGCUGCUCUAGCACCUACACAGGCUCUUCAGACAAGUUCUGGCCCUGUGCACCUGGUGCAGAUCAGGAUCCCUGCGUCUGAGCAUGGUAAUCGAGCAUGGUUCAAUAUUGUGGAGAAUCAGCAGUGA